AGCAGGAGCAGCAGCAGCAGGAGCAGCAGCAGGAGCAGCAGGAGCAGCAGCAGGAGCAGCAGCAGCAGCAGGAGCAGCAGCAGCAGCAGCAGCAGCAGCAGCAGGGCAGCAGCAGCAGCAGGAGCAGCAGCAGGAGCAGCAGCAGCAGCAGGAGCAGCAGCAGGAGCAGCAGCAGCAGCAGGAGCAGCAGCAGCAGCAGGAGCAGCAGCAGGAGCAGCAGCAGCAGGAGAUGGGUUCGAUCCCGACCUGACCCCCCUGCUGUGUUCGGAGUUUGCGUUUCUCUCUCCCGGCGGUCGCGUGGAUAUUUCUUGGUGUCCUCCGGUUUCCCCCUCCACAUUCAGAAUGAGCACCACGCGUUUAGAGUUUGUUUGGCUGCUGUCAAUCUCCACACGAUGAUGGCAAGACACUCGGUUGAGCUUAUUCGUGAUGGCCAGGGAGCUUCUGAAAAGCAGCUGCAUAGCUCAGUGGGGUGACAUAAAACGAGGUUAACAAGUGAAACAGUGACUUUGUGAAGGCGCAAGAUCCCAACGUGUCACAGCAUCAUCGUCAGCAGGAGCAGCGAUCGAUCCACUGCUGGAUGAAAGCUUCCCAAGGCCACGCGCUCGCGACCCCCGACUGCGGAAUCGAUUCCCGCCCUCGUCAAUCACCAACCGACCGCGAUUCGCCCAAUACCGGAACGCAGGGAAUCGAUUCUCUGACAAUUUGUUGUUUGAAUCGACAUCCCCCAUUAGCUUAAUGUCGGAAUCGAUUUGUGUUUUCUGCCAAGUCGAUUCCUCGGUGCCCACUGACCGUGGACGCGGAGACGAAGACAACAACAACAUGGAGAGCGUGGGGAGAGAGGAGAGAGAUGGGGAGGAGAGGGGGGAGGAGGGGAGAGAUGGGGAGGAGAGGGAGGAGGAGGGGAGAGAUGGGGAGGAGAGGGGGGAGGAGGCGAGUGAAGAGAAGAGCGAUGGGCAGGAGGAGACGAGGAGGAUCCGCGAGGCUGUGGGACAGAGCGGUCUUCGGCAGAAGUUUAUUGAAUUGCAACGGCGGAGGGAGAUGCUUGUGAAAAGAUCAACGGACGAUUUGAGACGCUACGAUGAAACCACACGGUCAUCACGGAAGAGGAGGAGGAGGAAACACAAAGCUCACGACUCGCCCAUCCCACAGCAACAGGGCGAGCCAGGCGACCGUCCCGCCAGCGAGGGCCCGGAGGCGCAGUGGAGCGAGCUCAAGCAGUACUUCCACGCCAACAAACGCCUCGAGCCGCCACCGUGCAGCCGUCCCCCCUCCCAUGGUACGCCUCUCGGCCGUCUGGACAAGAGGGUGGAGGCCGCCAUUGCCGAGGGCGACAUUGACGUGGCCGACCGGCUGAGUGACCAGGUGGCGUCGCGAGAGUUUGGGGUGAUGGUGAGCAAGGCGGUGGAGUGCCGCGAAUUUGUAGCAGAGCAGCGCGCGAUGUCGGAAGCCAAGUUCAAAAAGAAGAAACCCAACUUGGCGUGGGGAUUCGAAGCUAAGAAACGGUGGGAGACGAAGAGCAACAUGGGGUACAUGUGAAACCUAGCGCAGGAUGGGCGGCCGGAGCCUUUGCUCGCUUGUGUCCACCCCACGGACCCGUGCUGGGGGGACACAGCGAGCGCAAGAUGCUUGCUGUCGGCACCUCGGUGUGGGCAGUGUAACGCGGCGUAAAGCCGCUGCCCGUACCGUGACGGGAUAGGUGGUAUCCAGAGGUGGUGCUAUGCAGGCACGGGAUGAUUCGCCGAUGACCAAAUUGCCAGAAAAGCACCGCUUGCUGGAUCCCACAGGCCAAGCGGGUUUGAGCCUGGAAAUUACUUGGGUUGGUGACUCUCAUGUGCCAGCAGAUUGCCAUCGGCAGCUGCAGGGCUACAUGGUGUUCAGUAGACGUCAGUGCAGCAGAUUGCAAUGUUGUAUAGUAAAUAUAUGCUUCCACGUCUGUACUCCCCUACAUCACCAACACCCGCACUGACCAGCGUGGUGAAGUUUGGUCAGGUAACCCCUACUAUCCACAUGGGGAGAUCUUCAUACAGCUGUGGAUUGAAAAGGGGCUCAUCUUCUUGGGUCUUUCGGUAAUGUCACGUAGAUAGGUGCAAAGAAAAUAACAAAAAAUAACAAAAAACUAGUAGAUUUUUGUUAUAUAUAUUUUUUGCAGUUUUUUGUUAUUUUUGGUUAUUUUCGUUGAACCUAUCUACGUGACUUUACCGAAAAACCCAAGAAUAUUAAUUCCUGCUGUCACGAAAACUUUAAGUCAAGAUUUAAGAAAGAUGCUGAGCAUGCAAUGAGAUCCCCCAGAGUGAUUUGGUGAAUUGUCACGAUUUGGGUCGGGAUUCGAUUCGAGAGUCAACAGCUUCGCCGCCUCGAUUGUUUAGCAAUGUCUGCUGCAUUAGCCUCGAUGUAACAGCAUAUCACUUACAUGUUUGUAUUAAUCAUAAGCCGACUUUGUGUGCACUAUUUGACGAAUCGAUAGAGCGUUAAUGGGUAAAUGCUAUUUAGUAGAUCAUAUAUUUUUAAAUACAGGUUUAAUUUAAAACUACUAUAUUUACCAUUGUGAUAUUAUUUGCACCACAGUAUUCUAAUAAACCGUGAACAGGAAAGAUAUGGAUUUUAAAAAAGCACCUUCACAAUGCAUGCAAACUUUGGUUAUUUCGGUAAGUCACGUAGAAAAUAAAAUCAAAUAAUAAUGGAAUACGACGUUUCGGUUGCAACACAAGCAACCAUCAUCAGGUAAGGAUGAAUGAUAAAACACAGACACGGGAACAGCAUAGGCAGACACAUGCAGAGAGACACACAAAGACACACCGAGCGAGACACACACCAAGACAAACAGAAGGACAACGAAUCUGUGCCGAGGCGUUAAAUAGAGAGAGGGGGGGGGGAGGGCUGAGGCAGAGAGAGGACUGGGGAGGCGGACAGACGAGAGGGGACCAGCGGACAGACGAGGGGACAAGGAGGGAGCAGUGUGGCAUUCCGGACCACAGUGGCCGGAGGAGAGACAAUGGUUUAGAGCAAGAAAAUCGAAAGUUUGAGAGAGCAAAUUUAGUAAAAUUAAGACGUGUAAUGCAUUGCAACACAGAGGGUCGGCUAACACACAGUUGACGCAUAGCCUGGUUGAUGAUCGUUCUCCCAAAGGUUGCUAAAUUAGAAGUGUGAUAAAACACAGACACGGAAACACCGUCUCCUCCUGUCCCCUGCAAAACUUGGAGUAAAAAAAAAAAUCCUCAUUCAAUAUGCACAGCAAGUCGACUUUGUAUUGUGGUUUAAUAAAGCAAAGUACAGGUUACAAA